AUGCCAUACUCCCUUAAAGCUGAAUCACAAAAGAUCUUUGACAAACUCGUGUCUGAUCCGGUGCUCCAAUUUCCCCCGGAAAUCCAGAGUCUUGCCAAAGAGAUCGAAUUCAUCAGUAACACCGGGAUUGACACCCCGAUUAUCCCUACUUCUUUGAAGCUUACUGAAUCCAGUAGUGCCAUCUGGGCCACGGUGGCCACUUGGGUCAAUGCCCUCAUCAUCGAUCGUUAUGGGGCUGACGCCAAACAGACCAUGAAGGUCGAUGUCGACAAGGCCACUUUGAAUCUUGUGUCGGUUGCCCUUAUUACUUUUGGAGGUAAGAAUUUCAAGGACCCGGAAAUCUAUCCAAGAGCCUUGAUCUACGAUCGUGGGUUAACCUUGACCGAAGACUGGAGAGCCUUGACCACCAAUAUCUACCACACCAAAGAUGGGAAAUUCUUCCAUUUGCACGGGUCAAUGGACUCUGAUAGAACCUUGACGAUGUUGGGGUUGCCUUACCACAAUAAGGAAUUGUCCACCAGAAAAGAAAUCAUCGAGUACUACGACAACGAAGUCCGCAAGUACGACUCCGAGUGGUUGGACAUCACCUCCAACGAACGUAAUCGUCAAGCCGGGGCCAUUGUCAUGACCAAAGAAGAAUUCGCCAAAACCGAGCAUGGUAAAGCCGCUGCCGAUUUCCCAUUGUACGACCUUUAUUCUACCAACGAAGACUUACCACCAGUGCCGUGGCCUGCCCAAACCAAAGGCACUUACAGACCACUUGAAGGGAUUAACGUCCUUGAUGUGUCAAGAGUGAUUGCUGCUCCACAAAUCUCAAAAUACUUGGCGAUGUUGGGGGCCAACGUGGUGAGAAUUUCCAAUGAUGGUAAUCCUGAUAUGGCCCUUCUCUUGUUUGACACCAACUUGGGGAAAAAAGAUACUACCGUGAACCUCAAGACCGAAGCCGGUAAACGGGUGCUCGAGAAACUUAUCGAGGAUGCCGAUGUCAUGGUCGAUGGGUACCGUCCAAACGCGUUAGCCCGUCUUGGGUUCUCCCAGGCUUAUAUCCAAUUCUUGGCUAAGCGUCGUGGUAAAGGUAUUGUGUUUGUUAGAGAAAACUGUUAUGGUUACAAAGGCCCAUGGGCCCACCGUUCGGGAUGGCAGCAAAUCUCCGAUUGUAUCACCGGGGUGUGUUGGGAACAUGGGAAAUUCUUGGGACUCGACGAGCCAGCGAUUCCAGUGUUUCCAAAUGCCGAUUAUCAAUGUGCUUUUGCCGGGGUUUCUGCGGUGUUGAACGCUUUAUGGAGACGUCACAAGUACGGUGGUUCCUAUAACGUUGACGUUUCAUUGACCGCGUACGACGUGUUUUUGAUGAACUUGGGUUUGUUGCCGGACGACGUUCAAGAUCAUCUCCGUGAAGAAGCCGGUAAAGAUAAAGAUCCAAACACCUCGUUGAUGACGAUCCGUCACCACGAUGAUAUGACGAUCUUGAUUCCAAGGGCGAUGUAUUUCUUCAAGAAAUUGCACCCAGGGUUGUUUAGAAAAGAAAACUUUGGGGUCACCACCAGUAAGUGGCAUCCAGAUGGCACUAACAAGGACGAAGUAUUCACUUACUUGAAAACCCCAUUAGAAGCCCAAGGGGUCGACUUUGUCCCAGACUUGGGUUCUUGUCCAUGUGGGGUGUACGAGCCAGAAUGGUGA